CACAAUCCUGCAAUGCAGCAGUCGCCACUAACUCCACGACGCCAUUGAGCUUCAUAUAUCCCGAGCUUCUCUGUUUGGGAUUCACUUCAGUGUUGAUCCGGAGCAGAAGCCGGCGUGGAACCAGUUAUCUGGGAUGCAAAGGUCAAGCUCUAAUAUCCACCUUUCCUCACUAUCAAUCCUGGGUCAUUAAUAUAUUAUCCAAAAUCGCUGCUCCCCGGUCACAGGACGAAGACAAAUAUGUCAACAUUGUAUUGAAGAAACGGGCUGGGACAACGUCACUCUAUAAUGCAGAACCUUCCCUGUUGAACAGCUUUGCGCUGUAGCAGAUGUUACAUGAUUCACCUGUGGAUGUGCCAUUUUUAAGCCAGCAAUUGGCGCUUAAGGUGCUGUUGCUCUCGGCCAGAUUGUUCCUCCAGGUAACCCCCUUGCAAACCGGAAUGUUCCCGUUUCCCUGAUCUGGAUCCCAUUGAUCCAUGAAAUGCCAGGUAUUUGCACAGGCGUAGAUGCAAUCCUCCAAGCUGUACGCGAACAAGCCGACAAAAUCCGCCACCACCAGAGAAGAGUGGGUUUCGUCUGGGUAGCUGUUGCCAAUAUCCAGGCCACAGAACAAGGUGAAGGAUGUGUUGAAGGGGCCAUCGAUGGUCUCGUCGUUCUGGGUGCAACUGGGAUUUUGCAAGUUGUCCACGUAAUAUGGCUCGAGAGCGGCGUAGUUCUGUACGGAGGAAGGUUCAGGGAGGACAGAUGCGGACGUAGCUGAUGCCGUCGUCCCGCUGCCACCUGCUGCUGCUGUGAUCGUCGUGGUAUAUGCGUUGGAGGAGCCACUGCAAACCCGUCAGAGAUGGCGGCUUGUCCCAUGAAUUUGCGAGCAUACUAACCUGUGGUAGUCCGGACAUACACUUGACACACUGCCAGCUAUGCCUCCGCCAACUGCGCCUCCAACCACGACAGCCGUGAUUACGGCGAUGAUGGCGCCGAAUGCCACUGGUGAUAGCCCCCAUGGGUUCUGCCUGCGUGCCGGCGGCGCCAGGCCUUCCACAUAAAUUUCCUUGGCACUGUCAUCUCGUGCCGGCUCAUGGUGUUGCGAUUGCUGUGAUGUUUGUGCUUUUUGGGAAUACCCUGGGCUAGGCUGCUGGUAUUGAGGCGAAGCGCCCGGUAUGAGCCCCGACGAGGCAUCAGGAGAUCUCUGGUCUUCCGACACCACGGGAUACUUGUCGGACCACCCAGAGGAAGAGGCUGCUGGAAUCGGACCUACUCUUGGUGCGGACGCGGAAUGCGAGUGCGAGUGCGACUGUGACUGCGAGUGGGAGCGGGAGCUGGAAUAGGACAUCUUGAAGAUGCAGGUGUGCGGACUGCGUCACGCCGCCGCAAAAUCACACGAUAGAGGCCGAUGUAACGAAGGACAAAUGGGUUGCAGCUUUCCACGUACAUCAGAGCACAACUUGGGUGGGAAAGCUGGGCUGCCACCCGGGGGUAAUUUACUUACACCAUGGAGAGAGAGCCGCUCCUCUGCUGGCUAUCGGCGCCUCGGGGAGGACUCUAGCCGUAGAGUCAGAGGAUUGUCUGGAGACCAUAGCUACUGUGCGAUCAUUGAAAGUGACCGGCGUUUGACCCGGGCCCAUGCUGCGACUUCAUCCAACACGCGAGCUCCCAGUCGUUUUUCCGCCCCCUACCGUUAGACUGUCCGCGGUGUCCGCGGUGAGUUUGGCUCAG